AGAUCCCAGACUACAUUAGGCGAGGACAGCUCCCUCGACUAGCAUUUCAUUAUAUUCAGAGCAGGCUGGGGAUGGGUUGGCUAGGCAGCUCGACUUGUUAUGCAGGCCGUAUACCUAACAUCUGUGAGAUGGUAGGUGGUUAGGGCAUACCAUGCAAGUUUGCAACCACGUUGUUUCUUUCCAUAAAUAUUUCAACUCGUAACUUGUGUGAGACGUGAUCGUUAAAUGUAAAGUAAGAAGAGCCUGUCCGGUCGCUCCGCGCCAGUCUGUCCUGUAUGGUCCGGGACGUCUGUAUGCCGUGACGCCCACCGCAGCAUCGUGUCGCUGUCUCGAACCGAGACAUCCGUCGUUUGUCUGGUCGGGGAGCCCGUCGUUGUCUGGUCGGGGAGCCCGCCGCCAUUUGUCUGGUCAGGGGAGCCUGCCGUCUGUCCGAUGUGAUGUGCUGUGAUGAUAUAGGAUUUUAGGGCAUCCAGGCUUCGGAAUUCAGAUGUCACCGGCGUCCAUGCCGUCUGUCUGAUCAAGGGCGCCCGCCCGUCUGUGUCGAGGCGCCCAUCGUCCUGUUUGUCGCGAGCCCGACUGUCCGGUUGUUUGCCGGGCCCACCUGUCCCUGCGCCCACAUUCCGUCUAUGUCAGCCCACCUCGUCGUCUGUCGGUGUCGGGGCACCCGCCGUCUGUCUGGUAAGUCUGUCCGGUCUGUCUGUCUGUAUCCUGUGCGCCGUAUACCUACCUACCUGUCCGGUCUCUCGGCGCCCGCCGCGCCGUCUGUUUCUGUCGGGGCACCUCGCCGUGUCGGGGCGCCCACUGUCUGUCUGGUUUGUCUGUCAGUCUGUCUGUCUCUGUCCUGUCUCUCGGCGCCCGCCGUCUGUCUGUCUGUCUGUGUCCUGUCUCUCGGCGCCCGCCGUCUGUCUCUGUCGGCCCACCUCGCCGUGUCGCCGCCGGCUGAAGAUGUGGCGGCCUUGUCCGUCCUCGGGCCGUCGUAUAAAAGGUGCGCCAGCCGGGCAGAUGGCACAGUCACCUGUGAAGCUGCCCCAGCGCCCCACGUCACAUCGCCAUGAAGCUGCUGCUCGUCUUCGCCCUGGUCGCGGUGGCCGCCGCCGAGAAGCUGGAUAACCUCGAGAAGGAGCCCAUCGCCAUCCUGCGCAUGGACAGCACUAGCAAUGAGGACGGCUCGUUCCAGUACCAGUACGAGACGGCCAACAAGAUCCAGGCUGAUGUGCAGGGCCAGCUGAAGCAGAUCGGCGAGGAGUUCGGCACCGUCAUGCAGGGCUCGUACAGCUACGAGACCCCCGAGGGCCAGACCGUGACCAUCACCUGGACCGCCGACGAGAACGGCUACCGCGCCGAGGGUGACGCCAUCCCCAAGGCUCCCACUGCCUAAACACAUGUGACUACCACCGAACCUGUUGGACGAACGACCCCUCUGCCGAGAUGAGGCUCUGAUCAUACAUGUGCGCCGCGUGUGGCGGCUUCAUUACUGUCAUCUGUCGAAAAUACACAUCAAUCUCAGUA